AUGCAAGUUAUCAGGCGAUCCUUGCAAGAGUCUGCAAUUUCGUCAGACAUUGUCGACAUCAUCAUGCAUUCAUGGAGAGACAGCACUCAGAAACAAUAUAAAGUGUAUAUUAACAAGUGGUUGCAAUUUUGCAAUGAAAGGAAGAUUGAUCCGUUGCAUCCCACUGUAACAGCUGUACUCUCUUUUCUGCACAGUCUUUUCAAGAGUGGCUUGAGCUAUUCUGCGUUGAAUACAGCUCGGUCUGCAGUCUCUAACAUUGGUAUGAGUGAUAAUGAUGCUUCAUCUCACACACCUAUAGGGAAGCAUUCCUUGUUUGCCGUUACCUUAGAGGGGUGUUCAACAAGCUCAAGCCUGUGCCGAAGUAUAACAAUAUCUGGUCCGUGGAUACUGUCCUUGAUUACUUGAGUUUAUAUUGGCCCCUGCACGAGAUCAAUUUGAAGGAACUCACCCUGAAAUUAGUCAUGUUGAUUGCCUUAACUACGGGGCAGAGGUGUCAGACUUUGACCUUUUUGGACACAUCAGAGCAAUAUAUGCAGAAGAAUGAUACAUGUUUUAAUUUUGCCUUAACUGAACACAUUAAGCAGGACAAACCUGGCAAAGUGUUUGGCAAUGUACGCCUUUACAAGUAUCCAGUAAGGGAACUGUGUGUUUAUGAAACAUUAGAUUAUUACCUACAGGCUACUGAAAAGCUCAGGAAUUCUUCAAAAUUGCUUGUUUCGUACAUUAAGCCCUAUAAGGCAGUAACCUCGUCUACUAUUGGACGCUGGAUCAAAACUUUGUUGGGACAAGCAGGGGUUGAUACAGAAAUAUUUUCUGGUCAUAGCACUAGGUGUGCUUCAACGAGUAAAGCUCUUAUGUCAGUUUCCACUGAUGUGAUUCUAGCUACAGCUGGUUGGACUGAGGAGUCCACUUUUCGGAAGUUUUACCACAAGCCAGUUGCUGUAACAAACCAGAUGAGUUUGGCAGUUCUUACUUAG